UUAUAAGAAUCACGAGACUGCACCUAAUGGGAAGCUCUUUGACAAGCAGUUCCAAUAUGAGCACCAGAUUCACUGACCUAGUGAUACUGAUUCUGUUGCACUCGAAGAUUUUGAUGAAAAUAUUCCAUUUACAUACCCACAAGAAGAUAGAUGAAAUUAAUUACAGAAGAGCAGAGAUGACAAAAUCCAAAGAAAAAGGCAGUAAAAAUCGAAACAAAAGUUUGAGAAAUUCAAAACGUCUCUUAAGAAGUGCUAAAUUUAAUAAAACAAUAAGUAAUAAAAUGCCCCAUAAUUCAAACAAAAGUUCCAAGAACAAGAACCUCAACAGGUACACAAAGCUCAGUGAAGGUUUGUUCAAACGAAAACCAUCAGGCCAAAAAUAAAAUCGAAGAUGACCGCGAAUGCGAAAUCCCUGACGAAUUCUACACUGAUGACACAGGAGAUGAAGCUACUUAUCUUUACACUAAUAACUCCACUACAAGAGAAAAAUCUAGAGAGAGGAGCCAGAGGAGAACUAAAAAUGUUUCGAACAAAAAUCAGAAAGCCAAUAAAAAGUCACGCACUCGUAAGCCUCCAAAAUCCUUCUUAUCGCCUAAAGAAGCAGUGAUGAUCAAGACAAUCCCGCUCUUUUUCUCUGAAGAGAAGGAAGAGGAGAUCAAUCUUGGGGAAAGUGUCUACACUCAAAUCUCCAAAGACAUUUUGAUAAAGGAUAACCUCCAAGUCAGUAAGAUCUAUGAGGAGAUGACUAAUCGGACCAAUAUUAAGAAGGCAGCAGAGAGAAGGUCAGGUAGGAAGAAGAACCCAGAGGUGAUCAAGAGGUUGCUCUCUCCACCCAAGAAAGAUAUCAUCAUUGCCGAUGACAUCUUCAAUGCAACAAAGGCGAAGGCUAAAAAUGAUAGCUUUAUGACAUAUCAGGAGAAGACUUGUCGGUUAAAGAUACAGUACUCAAGCAGUCAGUUGGAUUCAACCGACCAUGACAGGAAGUGUUCCCAAGAAAGGCUUAGAAAUUGCAAGAUUAUCGCCACAGACAGUGAUCAGAAGGGAAAUUAUACAGACAAAUUCCAUUUUAACGAAUCUGUAGAGACCGUUAAAUCCAAACGAGGAGAUAAUUAUCUGUUAAACAAUCCGAGUAUUUUCACAGAACAUCCUCCAACAUCGUCGAAUUUCAGUCAGAGAGCAUCAAAGAAGACAAAGGAGCGGAGUAAGAGUACCAAAUAAAAGGUUCAAUGGCUUCUACGAGCAACAAAUGAAAUAUGUUGAUAUUAAGAACACUAAAAUCCAGAAGAAAAUUCAUAAAAGAGAAAGAUUAGUAGAAGACCUUAGGAGGCAGAAAGAAAGGUUCUCUCUCCUUUCUUCAGGGAGUCGGAAGAUUCUUAACAGGAGUAGCAAAAGAUCGACUUCAAAGGAGAACUUGUUCAAAAAUAUGACCCAGAGUAUUGGAACAACAAGUAUUUUAGAUAAUUCUCAGAAGCAUUCUGUGGAUUUCAGAUCACCAGUUCUUCAUAAAUGCUCAAGCACUGCUUCUGUGCAUGACAGACUUUUCAAUGACUCCCAUACCCGCCAAGAGAGUCGUAGAAAUCUAUUAGAAAAAUACCAGGAAUAUGAAAGGAAUAACUCUAAAAGUAACUCUCGAAGUAGAAAAUCUAGAGAUGCUGGGAAGGACCUGCUUAGGAUUAACAGGUCUGCUCAUAACCUAAAAGAUGGUACAAAGAAUAUGCAGCAAAGUAGCCAAGCUAAUUUGAGCGAUAUUGCAUCUUUCAUUCCAGUAAAUCAUAACCUUAGCAACCAGAUUGCAAAAGAAGUAAGCACCAAGCUUUAUAACGAUGCGUGAAGAAGAAUGGAACGUACCUCAAGUAGAUCCAGGAGCAGGAACAGAUCUCAAAAUAAGAAUAGCUCUCAAAGCAGGAAUCCUGCGUCUAAUAAGUACCUCAAGGAUAUUUUUGAGACAGACUUCCAAAAGGCCAUAAUUGAUAGAGCAGUAAAAACUCGUAAAUUGAACUACUAUCACACUAAUGAGAUCCUUAAAAGUCUAGGCUUCAUGUUCACUGAUGAAGACCAUAAUGAUAAAGCUGACGAGCGCAUGCUCUUCCUCGACUUCUGGAGGUGCCUCAGAGGGGAUGAGAAUGAUGGAAUCGCUCCAAAAGAUCUUAAGAUGCUACUUUCUUGUAUUGAGGGAAUUCUAGUUGAUAAAAAGGCAACACAAAAGAACUUCCGGAAAGGGAUGAAACCACUUGAUUACAUAAUGCGUAAGAACUCGAAAGAAAUAAGGAAUCUUAAAAAGCCUAAAGAAACUCAACCCUCACAAAAAGCAGCUAUAACAGAUCUAAUGAGCUUUGACGACAAAUGAAAUCUCAAAAUCAUCCCUAAAGACUAUGCCAAAAUUCGGAAAUAUUUCAUAACUUUUGCUACUAAUAGGUCUAACUUCCUCAAUAAGAAGAUUAGUGAGAAAAUAUCUCAAAGGAAAAAGCCUGUUGAUUACUCUCACAAGCCAAAGAUUAACAAAUAAGUCUCGAAAGAUUGUGAAGACGCUGCACAGUAAACUUUCUAAGCUCAAAAUUCCUCACUAUGAGUUACUGCUCUACAAAGGAAAAGAGUAUGAAAAGCGAAAGGAAAUGAACAUCUCAGAGAAAAAUACCAAACUGAAGAAGGACCUGAUGCACAAUUUAGUCCAUAAGAGAAAGAAUAGCACCCCGAUGAGCAGCUCUGGAUCAAAAGUGGAGGAAUAUGACUCUAUUGUUGUCACUAAGAAGCCAAAUGCUUUCCAAGAGUAUCUUGAUCCAAACACUUAUGAAAGCCAAACCUCCACUCCGACUAAGUCUCACCUUGAGAGUACUGAAUCUUGUGAUAAAUCAGGGAAUCAUGGCACUAUACUGAGUAAUGGCCAGCUGGAUAAAAGUGAGCUGUUCAAUACAAGCCCGAUCAUUGAAGAGGAGUAUUCAUGCACGGAGGAAACUCCAAGUAGCAAUAUGCUUGAAGCUGAUCAAGAAAAGAGUCCUCAAAGUCAAGAGAGUGACUGCUCUUCCCUCGAGAAGGAGCAGGUACAUCUUGAAGAAUCUCCCCCCGAUUUUGACAAAGGAUAUCCAAUCUUAUACGUUGAUAUUAAUCUAGGCAAGGAACGGGUAGAACGCCUAACUGUUUAUGAAGGAGAAGACCCAAGCGUAGUCUCUGCUGUGUUUGCUGAAAAGACAGGUAUUAACGAAAAGAUGAGAAUUAAACUAGAAAAUAUGCUCAAAGACCAACUCUCCUCCAUUCUGUCUAGAAUCAACGAAGAAGAUGAAGAAGAUGCCUAAAUAAGUAUUAAUUUAAUUUCAACUCAGAUAA